CUGUUCCACCUCCUCCCACCCAGUUCACCACCACCAUGAUUCCAAGCUUCCAGGCCCCUUUCUUCUUCCUGCUCCUGGUAACCCGAGAGCUUACAGCACAACAUGGCACCCCAUCCCCGACCAGCGGCCCAGCCUCAAGCUCGUCCUCCACCUUGAGAAAGCAUGGUUCCUCAUCCUUGACCAGCAGCCCAGCCUCAAGCUCGACCUCCACCUUGAGAAAGCAUGGCUCCUCAUCCUUGACCAGCAGCCCAGCCUCAAGCUCGACCACCAGCCUGGGAAAACACAGCUCCUCAUCCUUGACCAGCAGCCCUGUCUCAAUCUCCAUAAUCACCCCAGCACAGCAUGGCACCUCAUCCCUGACCAGCAGCCCAGCCUCAAGCUCGACCUCCACCUUGAGAAACCAUGGCUCCUCAUCCUUGAUCAGCAGCCCAGCCUCAAGCUCAACCACCAGCCUGGGAAAACACAGCUCCUCAUCCUUGACCAGCAGCCCUGUGUCAGGCUCGAUAAUCACCCCAGCACAGCAUGGCACCUCAUCCCCGACCAGCAGCCCAGCCUCAAGCUCGACCUCCACCUUGAGAAAGCAUAGCUCCUCAUCCUUGACCAGCAGCCCAGCCUCAAGCUCGACCUCCACCUUGAGAAAGCAUGGCUCCUCAUCCUUGACCAGCAGCCCAGCCUCAAGCUCGACCACCAGCCUGGGAAAACACAGCUCCUCAUCCUUGACCAGCAGCCCUGUCUCAAUCUCCAUAAUCACCCCAGCACAGCAUGGCACCUCAUCCCCGACCAGCAGCCCAGCCUCAAGCUCGACCUCCACCUUGAGAAACCAUGGCUCCUCAUCCUUGACCAGCAGCCCAGCCUCAAGCUCAACCACCAGCCUGGGAAAACACAGCUCCUCAUCCUUGACCAGCAGCCCUGUGUCAGUCUCGAUAAUCACCUCAGCACAGCAUGGCACCUCAUCCCCAACCAGCGGCCCAGCCUCAAGCUCGACCUCCACCUUGAGAAAGCAUAGCUCCUCAUCCUUGAUCAGCAGCCCAGCCUCAAGCUCGACCACCAGCCUGGGAAAACACAGCUCCUCAUCCUUGACCAGCAGCCCUGUGUCAGGCUCGAUAAUCACCCCAGCACAGCAUGGCACCUCAUCCCGGACCAGCGGCCCAGCCUCAAGCUCGACCUCCACCUUAAGAAAGCAUAGCUCUUCACCCUUGACCAGCAGCCCAGCCUCAAACUCCACCUCCUCAUCCCCUACCGGCAGCCCUGUCUCAGGCUCCACCACCACCCCAGCACAGCCUGGCACUUCAUCCUCCACCACCAGCCUAGCCUCAAGCUCCACCUCCACCUUGGGAAAACUCAGCUCCUUAUCCCCGCCCAGCAGCCCUGUCUCAGGCUUGACUGCCACCCCAGCACAGCAUGGCACCUCAUCCUCCACCAUCAGCCCAGUCUCAAACUCCACUUCCACCUUGGGAAAACUCAGCGCCUCAUCCUGGGCCAGCAGCCACACCACCAGGACUACCGCCAGCACCACUAACCAUAGCAUGGAACCUCCCAUCUCCUCCAAUCAUAGCACUUCUCCCCAGUCUAUUAGGAUCUCCUUCUUCUUCCUGUCCUUUUCCAUUUUGAACCUCCAGUUUAAUUCUUCUCUGGAAAAUCCCAGCAGCAACUACUACCAGGAGCUGCAGAGGAACAUUUCUGAAUUGUUUUUGCAGAUUUAUGGACAGGAAGAUUUCCUGGGCCUCUAUAACAUCAGAUUCAGACCAGGAUCUGUGGUGGUAGAAUCAACUCUGGCCUUCCGAAAUGGUGCCACUGAUGCCAACAAGGUGAAGACACAGUUAGAAGACAGCAAAGAAGGAGCCAGAUAUAACCUGAACAUCUCGAGUAUUAGUGUGCGAGAUGUGUCCUUCCCUUCCUCUGCCCCAUUCGAGUCUGGGGUUCCUGGCUGGGGCAUUGCCCUGCUGGUGCUGGUCUGUGUUCUGGUUGCACUCGCCAUCAUCUAUGUUGUUGCCCUGACCGUGUGCCAGUGCCGCCGAAAGAACUGUGGGCAGCUGGACAUCUUUCCAACCCGAGACGCCUACCAUCCUAUGAGCGAGUACCCCACCUACCACACCCAUGGGCGCUAUGUGCCCCCUGGUGGUAAUAGACACAGCCCCUAUGAGGAGGUUUCUGCAGGCAAUGGGGGCAGCAGCCUCUCUUACAUGAACCCGAACCCAGCAGCCACUUCUGCCAACUUGUAGGAGCACAUUGCCUGCCCAGCGUCCAGAUGACAAUGCCACUUGCCUCCCCCAGGCCCCCACCAGAGUCCUCUCCUCUCAACUGUGUUCUGGGCUGGUGAACUAGGGGGUUCAGGUGGGCUGUUCACAGACCCCACCAUGUCCCCUAACCCAUGUCAGCCCUGCUGAAGCCCAUCCGAGCCCCUUGGGGACAGGGGCUCCCAGGAGGACUGACCCAGAAAGUCCCGGGUUGGAAGUACAAACCAGACCACGGCUGAAUAAAAUGGGGACCUCAUC